AUGGCAACCCAAAUGGCACUGAUCACUUCACCGGCCGAAGACAUACAGACCAAAUCCGGACAGCAAGUGGAUGAGCUCGCCAAAUUUGUCGACCUUGCCCGGUUGGAUGUCGACCGGCACGCAGGUAUCGAAGCACCCGCAGAGCCUGUGCCAAAACCGCAGUUGGGAUCGUCCUUUCCCGUCGAUCCGGCUGUAAUCAAAGCUCUUCCAAUCUCCAACGCGCGGAACAUCUCCGGGCGCAAUUAUGGCAUGUCCCUGUGGGGAAAGACGGCUAAAGUCACGGCUCAGCUUCCUGGUGGCUCAAAGAAACACUUCUUCCUCAAGGCCAUGAGUCUUGGGGAGACAGGUCGCGCCAUGAUCCAUGGCGAGUUCGAAAGCCUCAAGGCUAUUCACGCCGUCGCACCUGAAUUCGCCCCCGAACCCUACGGCUGGGGACAAUACGAUGACACGGAGUCGCCCACCUACUUCCUGCUCGCCGAAUUCCGUGAGGUAGGCGAGCAGCCUCCUGAUCCUGUCAAGUUCACCGCCCGCCUGGCUGAUAUGCAUCGACGCUCAGUCUCUCCGACCGGCAAAUUUGGGUUUCACAUUACCACUUGUCACGCCAAACUGCCGCAAAUCACCGAUAUCUGGGAAGAGUCUUGGGCGGUCCUGUAUGCAAAACAGCUAGACCAUAUGAUCAAGUUGGACGCCGAAAAGCAUGGUAUCUGGCCAGAGUUUCAGCAUCUGUGCCGACUGACCGUGGAAAAGGUUGUCCCAAGGUUGUUAGGGGCGCUUCAAAGUGAUGGCAGGAGUAUCAAGCCUUGCCUAAUGCACGGCGAUCUCUGGGACGAGAACACAGCGACAGAUAUGGACACUGGGGAACCUUUUGUCUUUGACGCAGGCUCUUUCUAUGCCCAUAACGAGUAUGACAUCGGCAACUGGCGUGCCGCUCGCCACCGUCUGAGCAAUCGUGUUUAUGUCCGGAAUUACAAGCGCAACUUUCCGGUGUCCGAGCCCGAGAACGAAUGGGACGAUCGCAACCUCCUCUACUCCCUGCGUUUUGACCUGGGCACCGCCAUUUUGAUUCCAGGGUGCAACAUGCGUCAGGUGGUCAAGGACGGCAUGGAGGUGCUUUGCAGGAAAUACUGCCCGGCCGAACUGCGCCAGCCAAAGAAAAUGCCGGGCCUGUAUGACAGUGAGGGUAGCACGGACGAGGAAGAGGAGGAACACACCGACGGUGAUGACAGCGACAGCGACUAAGUCUCGAGGCAAGGCACCCGUUCUGGCAGAGUUAGGCAUUCCCAGCCACCUAUGGAAGCCCUUGUAUAGGGAGUAUAUAGCUAGCGGCCCCUGGGACCUCUGGACAGACGACAGAGAUCUCUUAACCUUCCUU